GCUUCCGAACAAACAAUGACGAACAAGGAAAAAAGACAAAAUCCUCCGGUUGGAGAGGUGGAGGACGAUGACGAGCCCGAUGAGUGGGAGAAGCGGAUCUCCAGAACCGGCUGUGCGGAUGAGCAGAUGACUCUGAAUGACUGCGUUUAUCAGAAGAAGGACUGGCGUAGUUGCCAGCAAGAGAUGGAAGCGUUCCGCGAAUGCUGGAAGAAGCAGGGCAACGACCAGCGCACGCAGACGCAGGAUGCUUAG